AUGGUUGGGCAUCUACUAAAAGCUUGCCGAAACCAAAGUAAAGUUGCAAAAUUUGGAAGGAAGGACAAGUCAGGUGCUAAUAGAGUCCAUCAAAUCUCCGAAGAUGAUGUCAAUGAGCUUAGCUCAAGCUGCUAUGAAGUUUCAAAUAAUGUGUGUUUGUACAACUUUGGAUUAAACACAGGUAUGGCAGCUUACAAGGUAAGGCUAACUAUAGAGAAAGUUCUGGUGGAGAUGGAAAUUGACAGCGGCUCAGCUGUAUCAGUUUGUCCUUCAGACGUUUUUAAUGAACAUUUUUCUCAUAUUGAAUUAAAGCCUGUUUCUAUGAAAUUGCGAACUUACACAGGUGGUGACGUGCCUGUUCUAGGUCAAGCUGAGGUUAGAGUUUUAUAUAAAAACCAGAACCUAGUGUUACCACUAUUGAUUGUUGAGGUUUGUCGUAAAGACCAGCCUAUUUUGCUUGGAAGGAACUGGUUAGCAAAAUUAAAGUUGGAUUGGCAUGCUGUAUUUUCAAGAUUGUAUGAUACUACUGGUACUAAAUCUAAGUCUACAGUGAAUGUUACCACAUGUGAAUUGAAGCAAUCUAAUUGUGAAGUUGUGUUGCCUAAUGGCAAACUUGAGGCUGAAGUAGAGGCGUUAAAGAAAAAGUACAAUGCAGUGUUUCAAGGGGGGCCAGGAGAAAUAAAAGGUGUUAAGGCUCAAGUCACUCUCAAGGACAAUGCUGUUCCUAAGUUUUGCAAAUUUAGGCCUGUGCCUUACUCGUUAAGGGAAAAAGUAGAACAAGAAUUAGAUCGGUGGGUUGAGGAUGGUAUAGCGUACAGAGUUUCUAGUUCAGAAUGGGCUACUCCGUUAGUUACAGUGCCCAAGACUAAUGGUGUCCGAUUGUGCGCAGACUUCAAAGUAACAUUGAAUCCGGUGUUACAGACGGAACAUUAUCCAUUACCUCAACCUGAGGAUAUAUUUGCUUCUCUGUCUGGUUGUACAUAUUUUUCAGUUGUGGAUCUCACUAAUGCUUAUCAACAAUUAGCUGUUGCGGAGGAUUCACAACAUCUGUUGACGUUAACAACUCACAAGGGACUAUUUCGACUAAGACGUCUGCCAUUUGGACUUUCUUCAGCUCCAGCUAUAUUUCAAGCUGUGAUCGAUCAAAUUAUAAACGGAUUACCAGGUACUGUAGCCUAUUUAGAUGAUGUUUUGGUUGGCGGCUCAACAAGAGAGGAAGCCUUUUAUAGAUUGGAGAAAUUGUUACAGCGUCUUAUGGAAUUUGGAGUACAAGUUAAUGGGAGUAAAUGCAAGUUCUUACAGCCUGAAGUGGAAUAUUUAGGCUACGUCAUUUCAGCAUCAGGAGUCAGUCCACAACAAGGUAUUGUUGAAGCUAUUCAAAAAGCUCCCGAACCUACUAGUAAAGACGAGCUAAGGGCUUAUCCACUAGCAGCUAUUUUUGGAUCGAAGCGAGGGGUGCCUAGUUUAGCUGCUGCUCGCCUACAACGAUGGGCCCUGAUUUUGUCUGCCUACAAUUUUGAGGUAAAAUAUCGGAAGGGUUCCAGUUUGCCUCACGCUGAUGCGUUGUCACGCUUACCACUAUCCGAGAAUGAAACUUUGGAGUUGGAUGAAAAUUAUAUAUCUCAUGUGGAAUCUUGUGUAAGAGAAAUGAACUUCUUCAAUUCGGGGAGUGACGAUUCUCCAAUCACUUCUUUAGAGAUAGGACAAUUGACUGAUAAAGACCCACUGUUGUCUAAAGUUCGGGAUUUUGUGUUGUAUGGGUGGCGUGAAAUUGUAGACCCAAUGUUAAUUCCAUUUCAGAGAAGGAGAGAUGAAUUGUCAGUGGAUAAAAAUUGCAAGAAAUUGCAAGGUAAAGUCAUCCAGAUAUUGCAUGAACAACAUCCUGGAAUUACUCGAAUGAAAUUGUUGGCACGCAGCCACGUGUGGUGGCCUGGGACCGAAAAAGUAAUUGAGGAUGCUGUGUCAUCUUGUUUGAUUUGUCAAAGUACAAGAAAUGCUGCUUCAAAAGUUCCAUUGCAGCAAUGGCCGUUAACUUCCGAGAGAUGGCGCCGAAUUCAUAUCGAUUUUGCUGAAGAUCCAACCACCAGACAGCAAAUGUUGAUUGUAGUGGAUAGUUUUUCAAAGUGGAUGGAAGUAUUUUUAAUGGGUUCUAUUUCCACGGGAAAGACCAUUGAGAAACUUCGUACACUAUUUUCUGCUUAUGGUUUACCUGAGGAGUUGGUGUGUGACAACGGCACGUCUUUUACCAGCCUAGAAUUCAGGGAGUUUCUUAGAAAAAAUGGUGUGAAACUAACAUUUUCUCCACCAUAUCACCCUGCCUCCAAUGGAGCAGCCGAGCGUUCUGUUCAAGAAGUUAAGAAAAGUUUGUUAAGGUUAAAACCUAAUCUACUAGACGAGUCAAGGAAGAAGCAGGAAAUGCAGAAACGAGCCUCAGAUAGGCAUAGAGGUGCGUGUAGAUUUUUUAAUGAAAAUCAGAAGGUGUUGGUUAAAACAGUCAGACAGGAGAAAGUUAGUUGGGUUCCAGGUCGUAUAUUGCAGUGUAAAAGUCCAGUUACUUAUUUGGUUAGUGUUCUUGGCAAAACAAGAGUUUGCCAUGCAGACCAUCUUAGACCAACUGAGGUAGAGGAGGACGAAAUCAUUGUGCGGAAAGAGGAAGUUGGAAGGACUAUUGAGGCACAUCAUCAAGAAUUCAAUAGAGAUUUGCCUAUUCUUCAGGAGUCUACAUCACCAUCAAUAUCAAGACAUGAUGCUUCACCUUAUUUGCCUAGAUUGAAGUCUGAUGUUGGGAAACCACGGGGUGUGCAAUACAGUCCAUCUACAGUUUUGAGGAGAUCACAAAGGACUGUGCACAAGCCGGAGAAAUUGGAUCUAUAA